AUGUACAAAGUAAACGACCAUUUUAAAGUCUUAGAUCCUAGAAGUGGAUAUCUUUUCAAAUCGGAUCCAGAAUUUGUUACCGAAGCCAGUAAAUUAGUUGCUGCGUACUCGUCAGAUUUAAGUAAUGAGUUUUUGGAGCAACUGCAUUUUAUUAGAAAAUCAAUAAGGACACAGUUGGAAUCGGCAAAGUCUAUUUAUGAUGCAGCCAAAAUUAUUUUCAUAUAUUUUCAUUGCCAAAAUGAUUUCCAAUCUCCGAUAGGAGUGGAACUUGAAGAAGAAGAAGUGCUUGCAUACCAGAAGUAUAAGUUAACUUCCAUUACUGUUGAAAAAUUAUUUGAUAUUAUGUCGGUAGGUCAAUUGGAAAACCAAAAUCCCAACGUUUACAAAAAAAGUGAUGACAGAACAGCCACUUUGGAUGAAGAGGAUGACACUGUAGUUGAUGAAUUUGAUCAAAGAGAAAUAUUUGAUUUAAUUAGAGAUAUAAACGACCCAGAACAUCCAUUAUCUUUAGAACAAUUGCAUGUUGUACAGGAAAAUCUCAUCAGCAUUGAUAAUGGAAAAAAUUCAAUCCUUAUUAACUUUACUCCAACUAUUCCGCACUGUAGUAUGGCCACACUUAUAGGUCUCUCCAUCAGAGUGAAAUUACUUAGGUGUUUGCCUUCGAGAUUUAAAGUGAGAGUUGAAGUUACUCCAGGAACUCAUAACGCUGAACAUCAAGUCAACAAACAGUUAGCGGAUAAAGAACGAGUAGCGGCAGCUUUAGAAAAUUCUCAUCUUAUUAAAGUUAUUAAUCAGUGUAUUGCUUCAAGAAAUAGAGGUUAAGAUGAGUAACUCCAACAUAUACCUCACUUCCCCUUGUAACAUGGCAUCUGCCUAUAGUAAAUGUGCUAGAUACAUGAGAAAAAUAUUCAAGUUUGAUCAAAUGGACUUUCAAUUCGCCAUGUGGCAAAUGUUUUAUUUAUUUGUUAAUCCCCAAAAACUAAUAAAAUUGUUUAGGGCUAGGAAGCAAGCUAAAUCACAAUAUGCAAGAGAUGAUCCUGCCUUUCUAGUUCUUUUUGCAGGAGCUCUUAGUAUAACAACAAUAGCAUUCUCCAUAGUUCUCAAAUUAUCAUUUUUCCAAUUCAUUCAGAAUUUGUUGUUUGUAAUUUUUGUAGAUUGUAUAGGAGUAGGCGUAGUGAUAGCCACAUUUUUGUGGUAUGUAACAAAUACCUUUUUAAAACCAAAAUCUAACCCUGAAGAUGUUGAAUGGGGAUUUUGUUUUGAUAUCCACCUAAAUGCUUUCUUCCCACCCUUAAUUUUAUUACACUUCAUUCAAUUAUUCUUCUAUAAUGGGAUCAUCAGCCACAACUGGAUGAUAUCUAUUGUAUUGGGAAAUACAUUUUGGUUAUGUUCAUGUCUGUAUUAUUUUUACAUUACAUUUUUAGGUUAUAAUUCUUUGCAAAUGUUAAAUAACACAAGGUACUUCUUGUUGCCUGUACCUUGGAUUGUGUGCUUCUACGUCAUCAGUUUGUUAAUGCAUUGGAAUAUUACUCAUAAGGUUAUUAAUUUCUAUAGACAUAUGUAUAUGUAACUACUAAUAAAUAUUUUUAGAAUAAAUUAAGAUAUUCAGAUU